AUGAGUCCCGCCUGCUGCUGCGGGGCUGAGAGCGGCCAGUUCAGUGGGCGUCGCUUCCGGCCCUAGCUCGCUGCGCCUGGCCAGGGCCUGUUCGCCUCGCGCAGACAAGUAGCGCUGCUGUGGCGUCUGCUCGGCUGAGUCCCGGGCUCACUGUGUAGCCAGAGUCAUGAUGUGGUUAGGUCGGCCUAACCCCCGCUGUUCUUCCAUCGACCCUGCUACGCCCUCUGGCAGAGGUGGAUUAAGUACAGCAAUGGAGAAACCCCUUCCAUUGGAGUAGGAAGCAGCUACAUGUCAGUACUGUAGUGGCACAGCUGCUGUAAUGUGUAAACCUACCGUGAGACGACAAGUAGGAUUUGCCCCUUUAUUUCUUUAACACGUAUCUUGGGAGGUGUAGAACUAAAUAGAGCGGGGCGGCAACUCUGGUUAGGGUUGGAGUAAUAUGGAAGGAUUCAUACUUUUUCCUUCUCAAGGCUCCCCCAACCCUAUGCGCAGCCCCCCGUUCUGUCUCAACCCUUUAUCUCCCGUCUCCACGCUCUGUUCCAUGUCCCGUGUGCUUGGAACCCUCCUUAUCUCGUUGUGCAAGACAAACAAUAAUGCAUGUCACACACAGGUGAAGACAAAACAUAUACUUCAAGAUAAAUUCAUCCUCUGGGUGCAUUUGGGCCUGAUUUUUUUUAGUUGGUCUGGAUAAGAUUUUAGGUAUAACUCCAGGUUGGCUGUGGGGCAGAGCCACAUUACCAUAGCAGGAGCACUGGAAGGCUCCCCAGAGAACAGGGGCAUGUCUACACUGCUCCACUUCUUAAUAGGUACUGACUGACGCCUUAUUGCCUGCUCUUUCACAAUGAAAGCCAUGGAGGAUCAAGUGGUACAAGAAGAACUAGGGUACCAGGAUGAUGAGGAAUCCUUGUUUCAGGAUAUUGACCUGUUACAGAAACAUGGAAUUAAUGUGGCUGAUAUUAAAAAGCUGAAGUCCGUGGGAAUCUGUACCGUCAAGGGGAUCCAGAUGACAACGAGGCGGGCAUUGUGCAAUGUGAAAGGGCUUUCAGAGGCCAAAGUGGACAAGAUCAAAGAAGCAGCCAACAAGCUAAUUGAACCAGGAUUCUUGACUGCCUUUGAGUACAGCGAGAAAAGGAAGAUGGUGUUCCAUAUCACCACUGGGAGCCAGGAAUUUGAUAAACUAUUGGGUGGUGGGAUUGAAAGCAUGGCAAUCACAGAGGCCUUUGGAGAAUUCCGAACAGGCAAAACCCAGCUUGCCCACACCCUUUGUGUGACAGCUCAGCUUCCAGGAGCAGAUCGCUACACAGGAGGAAAAAUUAUCUUCAUUGAUACUGAAAACACUUUCCGUCCAGAUCGUCUUCGUGACAUCGCUGAUCGCUUCAAUGUAGACCAUGAUGCAGUGCUUGACAAUGUGCUGUAUGCACGAGCAUAUACCAGUGAACAUCAGAUGGAGUUGCUUGACUAUGUAGCAGCCAAAUUCCAUGAGGAAGCUGGCAUCUUCAAGCUAUUGAUCAUUGACUCCAUAAUGGCGCUCUUCCGUGUAGAUUUCAGUGGCCGUGGGGAGCUGGCUGAACGGCAACAGAAACUUGCUCAGAUGCUAUCAAGGCUCCAGAAAAUCUCAGAAGAAUAUAAUGUGGCUGUAUUUGUGUCCAAUCAGAUGACUGCUGAUCCAGGAGCAACUAUGACUUUUCAGGCAGACCCUAAGAAGCCCAUUGGCGGCCACAUCCUUGCUCAUGCUUCAACCACAAGAAUUAGUUUGCGGAAGGGAAGGGGGGAGUUGCGUAUUGCCAAGAUAUAUGACAGCCCUGAGAUGCCUGAAAAUGAAGCUACGUUUGCAAUAACCGCUGGAGGGAUUGGGGAUGCCAAAGAGUAGAUGGAAAACUGAUGCAAAUCUGCAUUUGAAAACAGCCCAUGCACCUCAGAUGAAGCCAUGGUAUCCAAGGUCUGACUCCUUGGUUACUUAGUGUUUUUCAUGCACAGUUUGGAAAGUUUAGAAUUAGAAGAAUGCUGGGAAGAGCUUUUUAGGUAUCAUAUUUCAAUAAUCUUAACAGUUCCUGGUUCACCUUAGUGCUAUUUUAAAAUGAUCUUUCAAGCAGCCAGAAGUUGAAAAAGCACAGAAAUGUGACUUAUUCAAGGAAUACCUUCCUUGUGGUUCAGGAGAAGCAAAGCUGUUUUGUCACAUGGGCUUAAUGUGCACUUUUUAUAGUUUCUUGGGAAAGGAAUGUCUUUGGAAUAGAAUAUAAUGGCAUGGAAUGGAACAGCAUUGAAACCCAGUUUUUAAAAAAUAAUGAGUAGACAGAGGGAAAGUGCAGUGAAAGAGAGACAAGAAUAGGUGAACUUGCUAAUGUUUCAUUGACAGUAGAGGAAUGAUAGUUGCUUGAAAAGAUUUUUAGAAAUCUUGAUUAGAUUAUUUAUUUGUUUUUAAAGUGCCUGUAUUUCUGUUUUGGAAUAUUUAAAGCUGUUGUCUAUUUUUUUAUAUCUAUGAAAAAUGCUAAAUUAAAACAUCUCUCUUCUUUAUGCUUGUGUGCAAUACAGCCAACACAUAGUUUGAGUGAAACCCUGGUUCUGUGAGUAGUCUCGCUGAUUUUGUUGUGAAAAUUUGCAUGAGUAAACUAAUGGGAUGUAGCCUAACAUUAUAAUACUUCAAAUAUUUUUUAAAAAUAAAGAAACAGUAUA